AUGGCUUCCACCAACGCCGGUGACGUCCACUACCCCGUCACCAAUGGAACAAACGUCAAGGAUACGGUCUUGGAUGGCCCCGUUGUGCAGAACAUCAAGUCCGAAGCCAACCGCACCGGAGAUGACUUUCGCGGCCUGAAGAGCUCCAAGGUGGAGUCUUCGACCACCACCGCUACCGGCCAGCCCUUGACGCCCUACCACUCGUUGCUGUACAGUCUCCUGAGCUGGGAGCACCCUCGCGCGACUGCUGUGUCCUUUGCCAGCGUUGUGACUUUCAUCUUCGCUGCUCGAUACCUCCCCCUUCUUCGCUGGGCAUUCAAGUUCCUCUACGUGGCUCUGGGAUUUACCGCUGCGCUUGAGCUUGCUGGAAAGCUGGUCCUCUCCCAAGGACUCGCCAGUUCUUUCCGUCCCCGGAAGUACUACACUGUCCCUAAGGAGGCGAUUGAGGGAGUUCUGGAGGAUCUCGAACAGCUCGUGGACUUCUUCCUCAUUGAGUUCCAGCGCAUUCUGUUCGUUGAGAACAUCAUCCACACUGUUGCGGCCUUCACCGCUGCAUUCUUCUCCUACUGGCUUAUCAAGAUCCUUCCUCUCUGGGGCCUGUCUUUGAUCGGCGUGACUGUCGCCUACCUGGGCCCUCUCAUCUACAUCAGCAACCGCGAGAUCAUCGAUGGUUACAUUGAGAAUGCUCAGAAGGUCAUCCACUCUCAGGCCAACCAGGUCAAGGACAUCGCUGGCCAGCAGACUGCUCACGCUACCGGCUUGGUGAAGCAGUAUGCGGGUACCUACAGCUCCAAGGCACAAGAGUACAUUGGAAACCGCCGUUCUGUCUCCCCCGAAGUCAGCAAGGUGGCCCCCGCCCCGGCUCUCGUCAAGGCCGAGCCCAUCCCCGAGUCCACGGUCCAGCAGACGGAUUUCCCCGAGGCGCCCAAGGAGGAGCCUGUCGGCCAGCACGUCGAGUCUCCGGUGUCCGCUGUGCCGACCGAGUCUGAGCUCAAGCCAGAGCCUCUGGUUGCGUAA